AGCUGGUAAGCCAGAUCAUUAAAAUAAGAGGAACAACAUAGGCAAAAUGCAUACAAAUAAACCCUCAUCUCAGGCAGCAGGCACCAUGGAGCCAGACGAGUCCUAAAUGAUUGUGUGAUCAGAAGACGCCUUCGGAAAGCGUGUGGAUGGAGUUGGUCGAUUCUCGACUCCGCCACACUAUAUCGACCAGGCUGACCUGACUGGUAUCCCUUCACAGAAGACUAUGGCCAGAGAGGGAUAUUGGUGUCCAUGGUUUCCACAAUAUUUAUCUCUUUUGCUUCUUUCUUCCAUGCUUCAUUUCAACCCAUCACUUGCUUAUUCAAUACCAAACUGCAUAGUACUGUUUUCUGGCCAUACUGGGGCUGGUAUCAGCAUUGACUGCUCUUACCAUCAAAUAACUUCUGUACCAGCUGGCCUACCCCAAGGUCUAGUGUGGUUAAACGUUGGGGAAAAUCGAAUUCAAAAAGUUAGCAAGCAUGACUUCAGAUAUUUCUCAAACCUUACAGUGUUACAUAUUCACCAGAACCAUAUUGCUCAUAUUGAAUACAGUUCUUUAGUCCAUCUGAUAGAGCUGAGGGAACUGUACAUGCAAGAUAACAAACUGACCAAGCUUCCUAAGCACCUCUUCCAUGGUAUGUUGAAGCUCUCAGUGCUUGACCUCAGUAGAAACAAAAUCCUGCUCAUCUCUCCUUCUGCCUUUGAGUUAACGUCCAGCUUGCGAACGGUCAAACUCGAAGUCAACCAGCUUAACAAAAUUACUAACAUUCUGCCCAUCUUCCAACUACCACACAUUCAGGAAAUACACAUCGGUGGUAACAACUUCUCCUCAUUUGAAUCCAAACAUCUGCCCCACAACAUGAGCUCCCCUGUCAGGUUGUUAAAUCUAUCUUCUAAUCCUUUAGAAGUGUUGAGCAUCACAACAAACUACUUUAAGGAUCUCGAGGUGAUCGAUCUUUCGAGUUGUGGAAAAGAUGUUAUGCAUGUGGACCUUCCAGACCCAUCUUCUCUCAAGAGUAUAACUCAUGUUCAUUUUCAUAAUACUACAGUAUCUUUCGAAGGCAUCAGUGAGAUUCUAGAGAGUGUUGAGUCCCUAUCCUAUCUACAGUUCUCUAAUAUGGAGAGAUGGAUCAACAGCAGCCUCCUCAAAACAGCCUGCAGAACCCUAUCUCUGCGGACCCUGGACCUCCAUUUGAACUCUUUGGGCAGUGACUGUGAACUGCCUCAGUGUGGCCAGCUGAACGAGUUGGACUUAUCGAACAACAAAAUUAGCAAUCUCUCCAGUCAAUCAGUGCUAACAAUGAAGCGACUUAGACGCCUCGGUUUGCGUGGCAACGUCCUCCAAAAAGUGCCAGUGGUUGUAAACAGUCUUUCCUCACUGGAAAUCCUAGACCUGGGUUUCAAUGACAUUCUUGAGUUAGGCUGCUCAGACUUUGUUAAUUUAACAAGCCUCAAAGAACUAUAUCUCCAGUACAAUUACAUUAGGAAAUUAAAGAGGUGUGUUUUUCAAAAUCAAAAUGUUCUGAAAAUUCUGUCUAUAAAUUCAAAUAUGCUUUUGGAGCUGGGAGGAGUUUUCGAAACCAGACUUCAGAAACUACAAUUCCUAGAUAUGACUCGGAACGAAAUACCUAAUUUUCCAAAUGGAAGUUUUAAGGGUUUGGAAUCCUUGCAGCAUUUGUAUAUGGACAAACUUUAUACUACUGUUAAUGUCUUUGAUGGAUUGCACAACCUUCGAAGUCUUAGUGUGUAUUUGCCAUUCGAAAUGAUUCGUUUCAAAGGACUGCAUGAGUUAAGAAAUCUUACAAUAUAUAUGGAUGUGCCAGAGGGCUUCAAUGGUACAUAUGCAAAUAAUUACAAAGGCCUAAUGGAAUUACCUUCUGUGAGGAACAUUACAAUAAUAUGCAAAAGUUUUCACUUUGAAUUUCCUUUAUAUAUCCCUUCGUAUUAUUUGCACAAAAUGAGACAUUUAGAGCAUUUCACAGCUGUGAACUUCUACAUAGAGGAGCCACAUUUGGACACAUUUAUGUACGCACAUAAUUUGAAAAGCCUUAGCAUAAGGGCAAGUUUUCUGACAGGCAUGAGCCCCGAGCAUUUUCAAGCCAUGUCUAAUCUGGAGGUUCUGGAUCUGUCUGAGAACGCCCUCAGGACUUUGGAUUUCCUGGAGGCCAACCUGACCAGUCUCAGAUGUUUGAUCGUCAGUCAGAACGAGUUGACAGUGCUCAACGAGUCCGUCUUUCAGUCCCUCCCUGCCCUUACCUAUCUAGAUCUUUCUGACAACCCUCUGACCUGUGACUGCUCCAACGCUGGCUUCCUGCUGUGGGCAUUGAGCAGCGAGCAGACGCAGCUCACCAGAGGCUACAAUCAGCCCUGUACAUAUCCGCUUAGCGAGAAGAGAACAAUGCUCCUCGACUUUGACGUGCGCUCCUGCUGGAUGGACUCCAAUUUCCUCUGCUUCAUUUCCACCUCUUCCAUAGUACUGUUCACUUUACUCGCUUCCUUCAGCUAUCAUUUUCUGCGCUGGCAGCUGGUCUAUGCCUACUACCUCUUCAUGGCAUUGCUGUACGACAUGAGAGAGAGGAAGAAAAAUGAGCAGCACCGCUAUGACGCGUUCAUCUCCUACAACGUCAAGGACGAAGAGUGGGUCCACAGGGAGAUGCUUCCUGCGCUGGAGGACGAGCGAGGCUGGAAGAUCUGCUUGCACCACCGAGACUUCCAGCCAGGUAAGCCCAUCAUCGAGAACAUCACAGAGGCCAUCUACAGCAGCAGGAAGACCAUCUGUGUCAUCAGCAGACCCUACCUGGAGAGUGAGUGGUGCUCCCGAGAGAUCCAGAUGGCCAGCUUCCGCCUCUUUGAUGAGAAUAAGGAUGUGCUGAUCCUGCUCUUCAUGGAAGAUCUCCUGGACCACCAGCUCUCCCCUUACUACCGCAUGAGGAAGAUGGUGAAGAAGAGCACGUAUCUGAGCUGGCCAAAGGCCGGCCAGAACACCGACGUCUUCUGGCAAAACGUACACAGAGCUCUAGAGAAGGGCCAGCCAUAGGGGGCCGCAGUAAUGAGGCGACCACAUGCACUCCCGCGCCUAAACUAGAGGCUUUCAGAGUUGCAUUCACACACAGGGAUUUUCUGUGUUUAGAUAUUUCAUAAAACCAUAAGGAUUGCAGAUACAGAUUAAACUGCCAGAUCCUCAUGGUAUAUCCAUAAUGUAUAUCAACGCAUGGUUCAAUUCACAGUAUGUCGGAUAGCUUUUUAUGGUCAUCCUCUCUGCUUUAAUUUGUAUAUGCUAUAAUUUUAUGGUAGACCUGCAUUAAAACCUCUUAAAAUAAACAGUUUGUUAACUC